AAAGAAUUUUUUAAAUAGGUACUUUAAAUUGCUCUCAACUAAAUAAUUGUUCCUUAAAUAUCAUCAAAUUAAUUCUGGUGGUUUGCUUUUCUUAAAGCAACUUCCUAAAAUUGUUUAAUUUUGUAAUCACUUUCAACUAUGGUAAAUAAUUGGAAAUUGUGGUGUCGACUCUGUGCCUACGAAGGCUCAACCAAUAUCGACAUCAAUCUCUUCCGAUCUGAAACUAAUUUCCCUGAUGAAUUAAAGAACUUAUUCUCCAUAAAUAUAUCAGAAGCAAGUAACUUGAGUAGCAUGAUCUGUUUAAAUUGCCAUGAAAGAGUCAAGGGAAUCAUAGCAUUUGGCAAUAAGGUAUCAAGGGUCCAGUCAAUGUUUUUAGAAAUAUUAAAUAGUAACAAAAAAGAUGAACUAGAUUUAAAACAACUCAAAGUCCAAUACAAACUCGAUGAUGAUGAGUUUGACCGGAAGUUGAUUGAUAUCAAUGCAAUUGAUAAAAUUGAUGACAAACAAACAAAUAUAUUGCAAGACCCUCCCAAUGAGAUGGUUGAUUUGUUUGAACCUUCAAAUAUAAAAGUUGAAACCACUUUGGAAGAUUUUUCAGAUGGGUUUGAUAACGAAGAAGAUUGCUGUAAUCAGCCAAUUGGUUUAGAUAAAGAUGAAUCCAUAAAUAACAAUGGCAAGCUCAAGUCGGAUUCCGAAACCAAGGAACUCACUGAAACACCAAAUAAAAUCAGACGAACUAGAGCUCGAGAGACACAACAGAAUACAACUAUUCCCAUCAAAUGUUCAGAAUGCAAAAAGACAUUUGCAAAUCUAAACAGUAUGAAACGCCAUUUAAGAAAACAACAUGGACUCUCAACAAGAGUUCCACGAAUUAAGUCUCCUUUUAUUUGCGAAGAAUGCGGAAAAAUAUGCAAAUCUCUGCCAAAGCUUGAUGAACACAAGCUAGUCCAUGUAGAAGAUCGACCCUUUAAAUGUAAACAAUGUGAGAAAUGUUUCAAAAACAAACUUCGACUUAAGUACCAUGAAGAUACACAUAGUACAACAUCAUACAUUUGUACAAUAUGCGGGAUUCGAUUGAAUUCAAAGCCGACACUAAACAUGCACAUGGUAAUACACUCGGAUGAGAAGCGUUUCAAGUGUGAUUAUUGUGGCAACGAAUACAAACGUGCUAAAGCAUUAAAAACCCAUCUAAUUUUGCACACAGGGCUUAAACCAUAUACUUGUGACUUUUGUGAUCGAACCUUUGCCAAUGGAUCCAAUUGUAGGAGUCACAAGAAAAAAUCACAUCCCGUUGAAUUGGCAGCAAUGGAAGCGGCUGGAAAAGCUAGUAGUUAUACAAAAGUGCCAGAAUUGAAAGAUUUGCGAGCAUCACUGCCAUUGAUAGGUGAUAUGCAUAACGAUAAUAGUUAAAGUUUAGGUUUAGUCUUUUUUAUGUUAAGUGUUAUGUUGAGUUAAAGUAUCUAUGUUUUUAGAUAUAAGAAGCAUACAAAUAAAUAGUUACACAGUUUUUGUCCAGAUUUUUCAUGUCAUUUAA